AUGGAAAAGCUGGUUGCUUGUGUACAAAAAAAGCCAGAUGCUGUUUGUAGACUGAUUUGCUUUCCAUGGGCUGGAAGUGGAACCUCACAGCUUGCUCAAUGGGGCAGACUCUUCAACGACUCAGUUGAAGUGUUCUGUAUAAGGCUUCCUGGAAGAGAAACUCGUCUUGGGGAGCCUUUUGCAAAAGACAUGACAAGUGUAGUUAAUGAAAUUUCAACUGUUUUGUUAAAAGAAUUGAAAGAAAAACCAUUUGCAUUUUUUGGUCACAGUUUUGGAACUUACACGAGUUUUGCCGUUGCACUUCAUUUGAAAGAAAAGUACGGACUGGAGCCAGUCCAUCUUUUCAUGUCAGCAGCACAUUCCCCAAAUUCUGCAGCAUAUCUUGCCGUCAAAAGCAUAGUCCUACCUGAUGGAAGCAAUGACCUUCUUGCAAUUAUGGAGAUUCUAGGAGGAAAUUUUGAGCUCCCACACGAUGAAGACAUUUGGAGAGAUACGGCGCUUACUUUCAAAGAAGACGCUAGACUUUUUCAGACAUUUUCAUUUGAGAAGACAGAAAUGAAUACCCCCUUCUCUUGUGAUAUUACCUACUUUUGUGGGUCUGAUGAUAAAAUAUAUGAUGCAAAAGGUUGGCAAGAAUUAACAAGUGGUGAUACUUCCUUUUAUGAGCUUCCUGGAGAUCACCUUUACCUGCUGAAACCAUCUAAUGAAAGCUUCUUGAUAAAACACAUCACAAGAAGCAUAGAAAAUGGUCUAUGA